AUGUCCCACAGGAACAAAUUCAAUGAAACUUUUCUGUGGAUCAUUUACUCUUCAAACUCGCAUGAGGAUAGUUUGGAGAUUCUCAAUGGUGUGAGAAUGCAGUGGGACUCUGAGGUGUUUCUCGCUGCCAGAGAUUUAGGGGAAAAUGCAGAUGGGGCAGUAAAAGUGUCCGAGGUGUACAGAGUUAAAUUUGAUGAUUUGCAUCCAAUUUGUAUUUUUCACAUACCUCCUGGUCUGACAGCCCAUGAUAUGCUGACGAAUCUAGUGGAUUCCUCAGUUUCUGCCUCAGCUAUUCAAUACACUCUCCUUACGGGCAUUGCAAAACGAGUUAAUGCCACUCUAAUUCUCCGCCGGACCACCUCCUGGAGCCAAGUGGCUGUGGGUCCAAAUGACACAUGGGUAGGCACAAUAGCCAUUCUUAAUGCUUCCCUGGCGGAUGUCAGUGUCACCCCAUUGAAGAUUACGCAAGGUCGUCUUGCUGUAGUGAAACCAACACCAUUUACUUGGCAGCCACAAUACGGCUUUGUAUUUCGUCAUCCGCGAGCAGUAUCAGUCCGUGCAGUGUACUUACAGCCCUUCGAUAACACCCUAUGGCUGUGUACUUUGUGCCUUCUCAUCAUCCUUUGGAUAUCCUUGGUGGUAUCUUUAAAACUAACAACAGAAUCAGGAUCCAGUACAAUAGCAUUUGCUUUUCUUGGAAUUUUUGGAGCAUUUUUUCAGCAAGGUCUCGAAGCCAGAAUUCCCACAACUUCUGCGAGAAUACUUUUUGCCUUGUGCCUCGUCUUCUCCUUUCUUUGCUAUCAGUACUAUUCCACCUUCAUUGUAGCCUCCCUCAUCACUGAUCCACCCAAAACUAUUCGCACUGUUGAGCACUUAGCUGCCAGUAAACUCAGGAUCGGCGCCAUUGAUGCACCAUACAAUGAUGAUCUCUUCAACAGUUCUAACGAAGCAGUCAAGAAAAUCUACGCAGAGCGCGUAAAGAAGCAGAAUAAUUUUUUUGAGCCUUCUAAGGGCGUUAAAAUGAUAAAAGAGGGUGGAUUUGCUUUUCAUUUUGAUGUCGAAAGCAUUUAUGAGGAAGUUGUGAAGACAUUUACUGAAAGUGAGAUUUGCGAUUUACAAGUAAGUGCCUUUAGCUUUUUCAUAGGAUACACCAAUAGAAGCUAUGAAAAACAAAUCACAUUCUUAAGGGUCAUUGAUACUUGCGCAUUCGUCCGGAAGACAUCACCUUACCACCAGCUCAUCAGUGUACUUACAAUGAAGCUAAUAGAGGGUGGAGUGGUGCAAAAUGAGAGAAUAAAAUGGUUUGCAUCGCGACCCAAGUGCUACUCAUCACGAGUUGAUGUUGUUCCCGUGGAUAUUGAACAAGUCAUUACACCAAUCAUCAUUAUACUGUUUGCUCUCGUUGUCAGUGUCUUGAUCCUGACCGCCGAAAUUUACACAAAACGCCGAACAAUGAGGGAAAAGUCACAUAGAAAGUCAGUAUCUCAAUUUAAUGCGCAUCAAGAGCGAAAGAUUAAGAAAAACAAAAAGUUGUCUCACAAAUAA